CAGCUGAAGUGGUUCAGCCCGAGCCCUUUUCAUUCAUAAAAGAAAAGACUCCGCGAGGAGCAAGUGAGUCAGAACCGAAGCCGCCGACGCGGACCCCACAGAGCAGCCAGCCAGGGCAUGUUCCGAGACUUCGGGGAACCCGGACCGAGCUCCGGGGCCGGCGGUGCGUACGGCGGCCCGGCGCAGCCCCCCACUUCAGGCCAGCAGAAGUUUCACCUCGUGCCAAGCAUCAAUGCCGUGAGUGGCAGCCAGGAACUGCAGUGGAUGGUACAGCCUCACUUCCUGGGACCCAGCAGCAGCUAUCCCAGGCCCCUGGCCUACCCCCAGUACAGCCCCCCCCAGCCCCGGCCAGGAGUCAUCAGGGCCCUAGGGCCACCUCCAGGGGUCCGUCGCAGGCCCUGUGAGCAGAUCAGCCCGGAGGAGGAGGAGCGCCGUCGAGUGAGGCGCGAGAGGAAUAAGCUGGCCGCGGCCAAGUGCAGGAACCGGAGGAAGGAACUGACCGACUUCCUGCAGGCGGAGACUGACAAACUGGAGGACGAGAAAUCUGGUCUGCAGCGAGAGAUUGAGGAGCUGCAGAAGCAGAAGGAGCGUCUGGAGCUGGUGCUCGAAGCCCACCGUCCCAUCUGCAAAAUCCCGGAGGGGGCCACGGAGAGGGACACUGGCGACACAGGCGGUACCAGCGGCACCAGCAGCCCACCACCAGCCCCCUCCCGCCCUGUACCAUGUAUCUCUCUUUCCUCGGGGCCUGUGCUUGAACCUGAAGCAUUGCACACCCCCACGCUCAUGACCACACCCUCCCUGACUCCUUUCACCCCUAGCCCUGUCUUCACCUACCCCAGCACCCCUGAGCCCUGUGCCUCAGCCCAUCGCAGGAGUAGCAGCAGCAGCGGGGACCCAUCCUCCGACCCUCUGGGCUCUCCCACCCUCCUUGCCUUAUGA